GUGGCCAAGUUACGAUCCCCUUCCCAGGCUGCCGCAUUUCGCGUACACCGCACACGCCGUUGCCGCUGCCGCCGCCGCCGCCGCCGCCGCCGCCGCCUCCACCGCCUCCGACUCUCACGCAGGGGACAGAACGGGACGGAACGACGCGGCACGACAAGGAGGGACGAGCGCGCCGCGCCAGUCGCGCUCGAGUCCGCGUAAACGAUCCACCACCACGUUCGACCGAGUGCUAGUGCAGUUCCGACCGCCGAGUCGCGCGGCCUUAUCUCGUUUCACGCGGUUUACACCCCAGACUGGUGGUACCAACGGGUUCAGUAUAUACAUUAACAAGUAGAGACGGGGAAGUACGGGCGCCACCUGCGCUUCUGCCGCGUGCUCGAGUGGAGCACAGAUUUUUUAUAUGCGAAUAAUACAGAGCUGACUUGCCGUUGUUAUAUACAUACUUCACGAAACGAAAUGUCAAUCGAAUCGGGUGUAUUGUAAUCGCGGGGGUGAGAUAGGUGGAUGAGAGAGAAAGAGAUAUAUAGAUAGAGAGAGAACGAGGAAGAGACAGCGAGAACGAGAGAGAGAGGGAAAUCUGGCGUUUUACGAAGGUCGCGUGCCAGGCGCACCGCGUCGCGGUUACCAGAGAGUCAAAGACGAGGAGGCAACUUUUAUAGCCCGUCUUAUUGCCGGGUUUUAUUGCGUCGUAACGAUUUAACGGUCGUCACUCUCCGCGUCGAGCGACUCUACUCUGCCGCCGAACUACCGCAGCACCAGGGUGCUGGCUCAGCCGGCAACGUGGUACCGCGGCCGUCCGUCCGUUCAUCCAUCGCUCGUUAAAUCGCCAGAAACGCGUCAUGGUGUCCGUUCCUAAUCGGCACUCGUAGUGGCCCAUUGAGUACCGGAGGGCGCCCGCCGAAACGCCACCGAGACCGACUCUCUCGAAAUCUCGGUCAUCACCCUACCAUUCGGUGACUUUUACGGCCUCUUGAACGGUCCUCGCCUCACGGAAUCCCCGCCACCGUCCUCCGCACCGGCUCAUCUGGUACACCUCUCCUCGUUCGAUCGCGGGUCCAUAGAGAGCUAUCAGGCUCCUCGCGAUUCCGUCGCGGCCUGUUGUACUUAUACUCCGCAGGAGUGGAGAACAGCCGACCGCAGAGACUCUUCUUCCACGCCGGGACCAAAGUCCCAAGGCGAUUCCACGCUUUAGUGGAGGGUAUAAUAUUUCCAGUGAGGGUGUCCAGUGCAAGUGAUUCAAAAUACUAGGAAUAAUGAACUCGUACUUCGAGCAGACCGCCGGUGGCUUCUACGGCAGCCACCACCACCAGACCGGGGCCGGGGCUCAACACCAUGACCCGGCAACGGCGGCCGCUGCUUAUCGCAGCACCUUUCCACUCGGCCUUGGGAUGUCACCGUACGCCUCGACCCAGCACCAUCACCACACGUCCUCCUCCCUGGGCAUCCACCCCGGCGGUGGAACGAACACCAGGCCACCCCAGGACUCGCCGUACGACGCGAGUGUCGCGACGGCCUGCAAAAUAUACUCGUCAACCCCGGAGCACACAACCUCGUCCUACUCCUCCUCGACGGCGAAGGACUGCAAACAGCAGGACCAGUCGGCCCACCAGAACGGAUACGCGGCCGUCAUGGCCGCGGCGGCCGUCAAGGACGUUUGGCAGUCGGCAACCUCCGCGGCGAACGGACAGAGCAACCCGGUCGUCAGGCCCUCCGCGUGCACACCGGAGGGCACGCGGGUCGGAAGCUACGGAAGCCUCGUGGGAGGCGAUCCUGCCUCGAGUCCGGGCAACAACGGUUCCUCGAGAUCGUUAGCCUCCUCCUGGAACACCUGCAGCCUCAACUCGGCGGCCAGCCAACCGGUCGCCACCCAGCUCCAUCAGCAACCCGCCGCGAAUCACACCUUCUACCCCUGGAUGGCCAUAGCAGGUAAGCAGAAUAUCUCGGAUGUAAGAUGUUAUAUGGAAACGUGGUUCAACCUCGGAGCCAACGGACUGCGCAGGCGCGGCCGGCAGACGUACACGCGGUACCAAACCUUGGAAUUGGAGAAGGAAUUUCACACGAAUCACUACCUCACAAGGCGGAGGCGAAUCGAAAUGGCACACGCACUGUGUCUAACGGAAAGACAGAUAAAAAUAUGGUUCCAGAACAGGAGGAUGAAACUAAAGAAGGAGAUACAGGCGAUCAAGGAGCUCAACGAACAGGAGAAACAGGCCCAGGCGCAAAAAGCCGCUGCGGCGGCCGCCGUCGUUCAUCAACAACAGCAGCAACAGCAGCAAGGGGGUGGUGGGGGCCCAGAGGCGGGGAACUAGGGGUACGCCCUGCACCGGACACCCCCAGACCACCCGCACCAUCCUCUGCUAGCACCGCAAUGUACACAGCUAUAUUAAGGUGAGUGGAAGGCUGCGCAACGCACUUAAACGCCGUAGUACCUAACUACCCAUCCACCCACCCAACCAACCAACCAACCAACCACCCACCUACCUACCGACCCCCGUAAUGCCAAAUAAGUAUCGAUCGCAUCUAUCGAUAUAAAGAGACGAGGGCUAACUGAUAAAUCGGUUGCGGCGAGUGGACUGCUGCUCCGGUGAGUGACGAAUCCCGGACUCCCGUAGCUCACAUGCCCAACACCCCAAAACCAAGCGACCAACGUGUUCGGUCGACUCCUAUCGAUUCGCCGGAUACAGUAGGUAUUUGCCUAUUGCGGCCUAUUGCAAGCAUUAGUGCAGUGCAUUUCGUUACUAGAGGAUAUCUAUCUCGAGGUGUGGAUCAGGGGCUCGAGGACGUUGCAAUUAGGGCAUGAUAGACAUGUGCAUAUUGCGAGUAUCAUUAGGUACGCGAAUAUUUAUAUGCACAAGCUCUGGGCCAGACGAGUGCACGGAGGAAAAAAAGGAUGCGAGGUGACGACAAAAUGGGAAAAAAGCAAUGAAACUGAAAUACGUAAUUAACGUGUUCCAGAAACGAACACGUGUCUGAAGUUAUUGUAAAUUACCUCCUAGGUGUAAUAAACCCCUAUGCAUAUAUUGCAAAUAUAAAGGGUGGAUUCGAUAUAACUGACAUUGAUCGAGAUGUGAUUAUUAAACUUGUGUUGGAAUCUUAUGAUUGUUUUCUUAUUAUUUUCGUUUUUAAAUCCUGUGUAUACUCGACGUAAUCCCGGACUAAAGCGGCUUCGUCUUUUUAAUCAGCUACUAGGUUACUACAUGUAUACGUAAUAAUUCGAUCUAAUCGUUGUUUACACCAUUUUUAUUUUUUUAUUUUCUCUUCUUUUUUCUUUCCUUUUGUUAAUUUUCUUUGUUGUUGAUCUAUGAUUACAUGGCUCGGUCUGAAGGAUCGUUUACACCAUUCCCGUAUAGAGCUGCCCAAUUUAGUUUUGACGU